UAUAUAAUGAAAGUGGGUGAUAUUCCAAAUGAAGUCUAUAAUAGAAGAUACUAAGUUCAUCGUAUGGUUGAAAUGGAAGAGAUGAAUUUAAAAAAUAACGAAGAAGAAAAUGAAAAAAUGAAUGAACCUUUUAUUUCUCAAGAGUAAUUAAAAUAACCAAUUAAAUAAACAUAAUAAGAAGCUGUAGGAUGUUUGGCAAGAAUAUUUGGAAUGUCUAAAUCUAAACCAUAAUAAAAAGAAUAGGAAUAUAAACCAACUGAAUUGAAAGAUCAUUAUGAUCUGUAUGAUGAAAGUUGGUUUGAUAAUCAGAAGAAUACUAUAUUAUAAUCUUAAGAAACAUCAACUCCUAAUGGAAAAAAAGAAAUAAUUCAUAUUAUUUCUCCAGAUGAUACAAUAGAAGGAUUAGAAUUAUAAUAUGGAGUGCCUGCAUGUAGAAUACGGACUUUUAAUAAUUUAUAAACUAAUGAUAUAUUUUACUUAAAGAAAUUAAUUAUUCCAGAUCCAAUUAGUGAUCAUAAAAAAUAAGAAAUGUAAAUAUACUGUAUUUAAAUAGUGAUAUUGAAAAAUAUAUGCAAGAAUUAAAAAUUGGACUUUUCUUAGAUCAUAUUUGUCAACCAGAAGAUAAAAAUCGAAAAGUUGCUUUGUAAUAUAUAAUCUAAAUUUAGUUUUUAUUUAGAUAUGAAUAAUUGGAAUUAUUAAAGUGCUGCAUAAGAGUAUUUGAAUGAUUAUAAAUUUGAAUUGGAAUAAAAGAAAAACUAGAAUACGCCUUCUCCUAAAAUUUAUUCAUGAU